AUGUGCCACUUUCAGGUCUCCUCACACUGCUGGUGUGUUGAAUUUUUUUGACAUAGGGUGCUGGCAGAUUACGGGCCUCCCAUAGCUGCUGCCAGGCCCCUAAUCUGCCAUGGGCCCCUAUACCGCCUCCUCAUGCUGCUGCCAGGUCCAGAGUCUCUCAUGGGUCCCUGUACGGCCUCCCAUUGCUGCUGUCUCCAUCGCCACACUCUGCCAUGUGCCACUUUCAGGUCUCCUCACACUCCUGCUGGUUUCCAUUUUGUCAUAGGUUGCUGUAUGGCCUCCCAUUGCUGCUGCCUCCACCGCCACACUGUGGCUCCAAACACUGGUUUUGGCCCCGUGACUGGCCAAAUGAGUGAAGUGUGCGGUGAUUCUAAGAUUGACGGCACUCAUCUGCAUGUCAUACUGACUGACAGUAUUAUUUCUCUUCCCCAGCAGACUCCAAGGGCAUUUAAAUUAAAGGUACAGUGUUCUGCACUAAUAUAA